AAAUGUGUAUUCAAUUUCAAAACUUCUUUUCCAUCCACUUUUCUUAACUCUCUUUCUUUCUCUCUCUCUAUUACUUUCUCCCUCCCUCUCUCUCUCUAUCUCUCUCUCUCUCCUUGGGUGGUGCUCAAGUUUUAGCCAUUGGGUGUAUGCAAUUGGUUAAUGGAUAUUGAUCUCUUGUGGUCUUUUGGGGGGUGGUUUCUUAUUAUAUUACCUGAAACAAUCAACUGCAUGGCUAAAUUGAGAUCCUCUUCACAAAUCUCUCUAUUCUCAAACCCUAGUUCUGGUUCUUCACUUUUGUGUAUUGCACUUUUGAUCUUCAUUUUCUUUAUCAUUUUCCUUCAAUCCCCUACUUCCAUGGCAGCUGCAUCAUUUCCAUCUGAAGCAACCACUUCUUCCUAUGAUGAAUCCUCAAGAACAUCAACAACCACCAUGGAUUUUCGUCCGAAAAGAAGCCAUCGUCAAUCACAUUCAAAGCCAACAAGGUCAUUCGAAGCUGGUGCUCAUGAAGUUCCUAGUGGGCCAAACCCAAUUUCAAACAGGUAAGAAUCAGAUCGAAGGUUUGUUGAACCGUUGAUCAAAUGGAUUGGUAUACCCAAUAAAAAAAAAAUCAAGAAAUGGUGGUGGCGGCAGCGGUGCUGGUAAAGAUACAAUCAAAAAGCUAGGUUUUUCGUAUGGUUUUAUGAAUGGUAUAUGAUCAAUUGUAGCUCUUUCUUUUGGUUUCACUUUCGUGUUGUUUUACCCUCAUCGUCAUCGUCAUCUUCAAAAUUCAUCUUCAAUCUUUAUCAACUACCGAGACUAUAUGUUUUAUUUGAGAAAAAAUGUAUAGCAAGAGAUACUUUUUUAUAUUUUCUAUAUAUCUAUGUAUAUGUACUCCUUUUCCCGAUAUAUCUAUAUAUCAAGAAGAUGAUGAAGACGAUGAUUCUAGCUAGUUCUUAGUUAUUUUCUUCUUUCUAGUUAAGUUUUUUCUUUUGGAGAGGUGGGGCCAAUUAUAUACUUAUAUUUUUUAAUUUAAGCGAUUGGUUUGUGUUUAA